UCGCUUGGUGACAGUUGACAGGAGCUGUUUGCUGUUUGAUUGAGCCCAGAUGCAGAAGGAUUGAUCAGGUUUAAUUUUUGGAGGUUGCCAACCUGUUUAGUUGGCCUUCCUGGCUGCUGCGAUGGCGGACCUAGAGGAUGAUAAGCGAACUAUAUCUCUGAACGUAAUGGGAAUCGGUUUACUGGAGUGUUCGUGUCGUUGGCGGCGCUUCGAAAAUGUCACCGUUCCCCGGAAUGAGUUGUCGGAGAGUUCGAUAUUGUCGGCUGUGAAGGAGUGCUUUGGUCAGGAGGAACCUUGCCUGAAGUCACACGUGUUAUGUUACCAAGGCACACUGCUCUCAGAAUCGUCAGAUUGGUGUGAACGCAUCACUAAUGGCUCAUUGCUAACGCUGCUCAACCCACCAGCCAUCAGUAACUCUGCAGCGUAUUGCCACAUGGCCAAGCCCAAAGCGCCGUCGCUCAUGUCUUUGAAGUCAAACGAAUCCUGUUGCUCGGAGGCAUCUUCGUGUAGCUCGGCUCAAAGUAGUCUUGAGGCACUGCACUUGUCUGAUACGCUCUCGCCAGAACACCGGAGUGUAGCGUUAUGUACCAACUGCGGUCGUCAUCAUUCUCCCAAGGUCCAAGCCUUCUCAGGACCGUCAUCGACAUAUGACCGGGCUGCACUUCAGAGGCGUGCUACAGCAUUAGCUAACGGGCCUGCACAUUAUCCCAUGCAAGCAUACACUUACGACACAACACAAAACUUGCUGGCUGUUCGUCAGAAUCUGCUCCAUUAUCAGCAACAGCAGCAGCACAUUGACGGCCAGGCUCAAGAGCACGCCCAUCAUCACCAUCCUCCCCACUGCCCAAAUAUGAUAGCAUCAUUGCAUCACCAGUUUCAGCUGCGCCAGCAAGAGCUUCAGCAGCAACAAGACCAGCAGCAGCGCCCACAACAGCAGCAGCAGCAGCGCGUGUACCAAGUGUUUGUUCCUUCACACUAUGGUACUCCGACGCAGUUUGGAUCACCUGACCUGUCUACUAGCCAUGUAUCUGCUGCUGCUGCUGCAGCAGCAGCAGCAACAACCUCUGGAGCUUGUGCCUUUGUACCAUUGCAGCCACUGCCGACUAAUUCUGGGAUUGCGCAAUCGGUUCACCAGCGGCAUCAGUAUGCCAUGAAUGUGCGUCGACGGACACUAGGCUGCCAGCAAGUUCAUCAGCAAGGCAGGGGGUCCUCAGGGUCUCCUCUACACACGUUCUCUCCCAGCUCAUCUUCAUCAUCGUCAGCUAUGUACUCGCUUCCGUCUUCACAGUCAUCCCUACAGAGUAGCAGUACUGCUUCAGACCAGUCCAAUGUUGCCAAUCUUGAGCAGCAGCAGCAACAGGCACAGCAUUCAGUCUUCUUGUCCUCUCCACCCGCACUCUCCAGCUCGACGGGAGCAUCUUUCUCCGCACCCAUGUCUCAUUCUGGCACCGUUCCGUUGUCUCCUCUACUUGGCCACAGUACUGUCCGACCAGUGCACUCUGCCAGAUUCAUCUCCUCCGCUACAGACACAAGCACACAGGCAAGAUGGGAGCAGCAGCAGCAGUCAAGUGGAGUGUCCUCUCCGCUCAUGGCAGGUGAUGAGCAGCGUCCCAACACCGCGUCCUCUCCGGUGUGGGGCAGCAGUCGUACAGUGCGUUCCGGCUCUGUAUCUAUGGUGCAAACACAACGUGUGGGCAUGGCGUACGUAAGACAGGGACAGCGUUCUGGCUCCAGCUCUUCCAGUACGACUGUGCCGCUACAUGUUCAGGCAGCUAUCAACAGUGGACGUGCGUCUGUGAGUAGCACCAGUGCUCAAUCAUCAGUUGGCAAUUCCAAUCCGCACAUUCAGUUUGUGCAGCGGAACUCGUCGGGAUCAUCUCUACAGUACUCGCCUAUGGGUAUGUCACCAGUUAACUCAAGGCAUCGAAUAACUCCCGUCAGUUCAAUGCAUCAUAUACCAUCGCCUAACAUGUCGCCUGGUAUGUCUCCUGGUAUGUCGCCAGUUGGGUCCAUGCACCGUAUUCCGUCACCUGGUAUGUCGCCUGGUAUGUCGCCUGGCAUAUCACCAGUUGUGUCCAUGCACCGUAUACCAUCCGCCAGCUCUCUGCACGCUAUAUCUCCAGUCGGGUCAGCACAGCACAUGUCUCCCGUUUCUAGGCACCGCUCGCCUCUUGGCUCUCACUCUGUUCACGGCAUGUCGCCGGUGCGUACAAUGUCCCCAGUGCAUGCUAGGUCGCCAGUGCUUGCUAGGUCCUUAGCUUCCUGUUCACCUGCAGUAUCCACAGGCAGUGCCUUGCCAGCAAUGUCUCCAACCAAUAACACCGUCCACGGCAUGUCACCCAGCGCUAGCCCUAGGCACUUUCGCUCGCCAGGGACCAGUGUUCCUCAUUCGCCCAUGGUAGUACGCAAUCCUGCUGCCAUUUCCACCAGUGACACGGGCAAUCUGCAGAUGACUGCUGUGACUCAUCAUGUACCGCCGGCUGUCUGGGUGCCAGCAGCACAGAAUCUCUACUACCUACCGCCGAUGCAACGCCAGCAGUAGCGGCGCUGCCACUGUGUGUGCGUGUGUGUGUGCCACCUGCCACCGCCUUGUUGCUGUCCAGUGGUCUGUGUAUGUGUGUGUACGUGUGUAUGCAAGUGUCUGUGUGUGUGUGUACGUGUGUUUGUAUGCUCGGCGAGAUCUUUGGGCUCAGCGGAGGAUCAUGCGUCACUAGCACGGAGCCUUCAAGUCCAUAGAAACGUGUAAUACAUCUAUCCAUUGUACUGUUUUCUGCAUGCACAGAGUAGUCUAAUUAAGUUAACAUCAACAGAUUGGUCUAUCUUUACAAAUCAAUGAACCUUCCCUUUCAAAUCAUUUCUAUCGUUUUCAUCUUCCCACCGAGAUUGUUUUAUUUCUGUGCCAUUGAUGGUGUCAAGUAGAGGGUGCUGCUGCCACUGCCACUGCUACUGCCGUGUGCUUCCUUUCCUUCUUUUCAACAUCCGCAGUAUUGACUCUAGUGCUUGAGCGCUAUUUCUGUGCUCAGAUUGUCUUUCUUCACGACACCCCAUCCCCCCGCACCCUCUACCCCUCUUGCCCUCCCGCAUAUGUCUGUAUCUGUGUGCGUGUGUGUGUGUGUGUGUGUGUGCGUGCAUUUCCUUUAAAUUAUCUACAUCUGAUUGAUAGGAUGACAAGCACGGCGGCGCACGGGAACCAUCUCUUUUGGUGACCAGUGUGCCGUCUUCAAUGCCAUAGGCAGCCUCGCCAUGUCACCAAUCCUGCUCCAACUAAGGUAGGACAUUUUUAGCUGUUCUCAUCGACUAUCGACAUCAAAAGACGUAUUCCGGAUACCUCCUCUCUCUCUUUCCCGACUUUAUUCACGCUCUGUGCAAACACUCUUUGUUUUCGAAUAUAUACGAAACAUCAUGCAUCAGUCCUUGUAUUAGCUUCCUUGUCCUUUAUCGUCCCCGACCCCAGUUCUCUUGCCUUGUAACAUCGUGAACAUACACUCUCGCCUGUGUGUUUGCUACUUCUAUCUCCUGCCACCCUUUCUAGCUGUAGUCUCUCUCACCCCACCCAUCCUCUCUCUCUCUCUCUCUCUCUCUCUCUCUCUCUCUCUCUCUCUCUCUCUCUCUCUCUCCCUCUCUCUCUCGCUCUCUCUCUCUCUCUCUCUCUCUCACUCUCUCUCCCUCUCUCGCUCGC